AUGCUGUCAAUCGCAUUAUUUCUUCCGAUUGCUCAGUUUUUUUGCGGACUUGAAGCAGCUGUGACUUCGGCAAAUGGUUUCAAGCUCGCGGAGCGGCUCCCCGUUAUUCCUGAUGGAUGGACCAAAGGGCCGAGCGCAGACCCAGCGACAAUCGUUUACCUCAAGGUAUCAGUCCGUGCCGAGGAUCCCAAUUGGCUCUAUCGCACUCUCCUUGAAAUAUCGACACCUGGCCAUCCUCGUUAUGGUCAACAUAUGAAACGGGAUGAAGUACAGGCUAUGGUCGCACCUGACCCUGAUGCUUCGGACAGCAUUCUGGCCUGGCUUCGAGAAGGAGGGGUGAAGCCGGAGCAAAUCCAAAACAGAGGGGAUUGGAUCGACUUUUCUACUACGGUUGACAAGGCCGAGCGGUUGCUGAACACGAGCUUUUAUUGUUUCGAAGACGAGGCUGGAAAGACCCGCAAAAUCCGAGCCCUGGAAUACUCGCUGCCAUCUAACAUAUCUCGACAUGUGCGAACUGUUCAGCCGAUCACGUAUUUCGGUAGCCCAAGACCUCACGUUAGCCAUAUUCUGAAAGCUAUACCGCCAAUGAGGUUCCAGCUCAACGAUGCGGCUGGCAGAGCCAACACGCCAGCGUCUCUCCGACAACUCUAUAACAUGCAGCACUUUCAGGUCGAGAAGAAUAGCAGUAACCUGGUUGGUGUCUCGGGCUAUCUCAAUCAAUAUGCUCGGUAUAGUGAUCUGAACUUGUUCAUCAAGCGUUAUGCUCCCCAGGCUGUAGGCGCCACUUUCUCGGUGGAGCUUAUUAACGGCGGGAAGAACGAUCAAGACUCCAAAUUAGAAUCGUUGGAAGCAAGCCUUGAUAUUCAAUACGCCAUUAGUCUCACCUAUAACACAAGUGUAACCUAUUAUUCAACCGGUGGCCUCGGUCCGCUAGUUCCGGAUAUUGAGCAGCCAGACGCCGCGCACAAUCAGAACGAGCCGUAUUCGGAGCAAUUGAAGUACUUUGCGGGUCUUGCAGAUGACAAGAUCCCCACAGUCCUGUCAACCUCGUACGGUGAAAAUGAACAGAGCGUGCCCAAGGAAUUUGCAAAAUCCGUUUGCGACGAAUUUGCGAAGCUAGGUGCCCGCGGAGUGUCGGUCAUUUUCAGCAGUGGCGAUAGUGGUGUGGGGAAUGGGUGUCAAACUAAUGACGGACAGAAACGGCCGCGCUUCAAUCCGAUCUUUCCUGCUUCGUGUCCAUUUGUCACAUCCGUUGGCGGAACUGAAAAUGAGAACCCAGAACGUGCAGUCGGCUUCUCAUCCGGCGGAUUCUCCGACAUUUUUGACCGCCCUUCAUACCAAAAACAAGCGAUCAGCACGUUUCUGACGCGGUUGGGCGACAAAUUCUCUCAAUAUUUCAACAAAAACGGGCGCGGCUUUCCCGACGUAGCUGCUCAAGCGGUCAACUACUCUGUAUACGACCAUGGGCAAAUAAUACCCGUGGCUGGAACCAGUGCCUCAGCGCCAACCAUCGCUGCGGUCAUUUCCAACUUGAAUGAACUUCGCAUAUCUCAAGGGAAGACGGUGCUUGGCUUCCUCAACCCUUGGCUGUACAGUCAGGGCUACCGGGGAUUCACUGACAUCGUCGAUGGUGCAGGCACAGGCUGUUUCGGCAAGAAUGGAGGGCCGCGCAUUCCUGGGGCAGCCUGGGACGCCGUCAAGGGAUGGGACCCAGUGACUGGAUUUGGCACACCUGAUUUUGGGAAAUUGAUAGACUUGCUUCCGUAA